AUGGAUACUUCUUUAUCUAAUUCAUUUCUUUUAUCUGAAAAUACAGAAGUUUCUAGAUCUAAUGUACCAGUAGAUAAUACAAAUCUUAUACAAUUUGGAUUAACUAGUGAUAUAAUUAUUGAAUCAGAUAGUGAUGGUGAGCAUAAAAUACUACCAGAUAUUAAUUCAAGUUUAGAUGAUUAUGAAGACAAAACAAAUAAAUAUAUUACUAGUGAUGAUAAACGGAUAGCUAUACAAUUUCUUGGAUUAGACAAAAAAUUUAUAGAAUUUUAUGUAUAUCCAAAAUGCUAUAAACUUUUUUGGAUACAAGAAUAUAUAAAUAAAUCAUGUCAAUCAAAAUAUAUUUGUGAAGCAGAACUUAAAAGGCCUGUUCAUACUUCUAAAGAAAAAAUAAUAUACAAGUCUAUUAAGAUAUAUCUUUACCAUUCAAUCAUUUCACAUCUUAAAAAAAUUCUUUUGCUUCCUAAAAUAGAAGAAGCAUUAAAAUCUUGUUAUAAAUGUUUAUUACCACCAGAUGAUUUACUUUCUGAUGUAUAUGAUGGAUAUGUUUGGUGUAUAUUUAAAGAUAAUGAUGAAUCUGCUUUUUUUGAAGAAAAUUUGGCUGAAGGAAGAUUGAGAUUUUCACUUAAUGUUGACUGGUUUAAUCUAUAUAAACAUUCACCAAUUUCAGUUGGAGCUAUUUAUUUAACAAUUUUAAACUUUCCUAGACAUAUACGAUAUCAAACUAAAAACAUUUUUUUAGUUGGUCUAAUUCCAGGACCUUAUGAAUCUUUAGUUACUAAAAUUUCUAAUUAUAUUGAACCAAUUGUCUAUGAAUUAGAUAGACCAUGGAAAGGAAUUAUUAUCAAAACUUCAAAAUAUCCUAAUGGCCGGAUUUAUUGUGGUGGUGCUUUAAUACUUAUUGCAUGUAAUACACCAGCAGCUCGUAAAAUAUCAGGAUUUGCAGGACAUUCUUCUAAGAAUGGAUGCUAUAGAUGUAUUAAAAAAUUUCUAACUUUUUUAAAUAAUCAUUCAAAACGUGGAAAAGCACAAAGAGUAAUUAGCAUAUCAGAAAUUGAAAAAGCACAUGAAUUUAUUUAUCAAUUUUGUAUUGCUAUUGAAAAAAUUUUUGGAUCAGAGUUUAUUACACCUAAUAUACAUAUGCAUAUUCAUUUAAAAGAAUGUUUUUUGGAUUAUGAACUAAAUAUUGCUACCGAAGUUAUGGUUGCUAUUUAUGAAGAAAUUACAAUUAAUAUAAUCACAUCAAUCUUAUUAAAAAAAUUUCCAGAUUCAAUUAAUUACUUAUUUAGAUUAUUAUUCAAUUCUAUUUUAUUAGAUAGAACAUUAGCUAAAUAUUCAAUACCUGUACAAGAUGUUUUAAAUCUUUAUAAUAUGUCAACUAAAAUCUGUGAACAAACUAUUACUGGAGCUAAAUUAUUUCCUGGAAAGUUUUUAAAACCUAUACAUUUUUCACAAUUGGAUGAUAUUACAAACCAAUAUCUUGCACAAUUUUAUAACCGAAUUUAUAUCAAAGACCAGCAAGGAUUAACCUUUACUGCGUCUUGUAAUUAUACUUCAAGCCCAAAUUUGAUUUUUGUAACAUCUGCAAUUGAGCGAGCUGGUGUUAUUUAUAUUGGUAAUAAAAAGUUUGGCUCUAUUUCUUCACGAUUAGACUCAAAUUCAUAUAUAAUUGCAGCAUUUAACCCAACGUAUAAGAUUAAUUUUGAAAAAUAUAUUAAUUAA